AGUGGCCUGUUGGAGGGAGCACACUCACAGCACUAGGCCAGCAGCAGGAAAUCCUCAAGCUCAUGUCACUGUCACCGCAAGUCGCUGGGAGCUACGGUGGGCCUGGAAAGAUGUUGGGGGUUAUGAGGAAGGCCGCGAGUCCUAGCCCUGAGCCUAGUCCUGCGGGUGGGGCUCCGGGGCCUGAGGAGCCCUGACCAGGGACAUGGAGCCUCUGCCAGGCUGGGGGCUUCCCUGGUGGCGCCAGGAGCCUACAGCCAAUGCCCUGAAGCUGGCCCUGUGUCUCCUCCUCCUCCUGGGAUCCCCCCCUCCGUGUGCCCUUGCCCAGUUCCUGUGCAGAGAGGAGGAGUACCCUGUGGGCACCGAAUGCUGCCCCAAGUGCAGCCCAGGUUACCACGUGAAGCAAGCCUGCAGUGAGCUGUCAGGCACAGUGUGCAUACCCUGCCCCCCCGAGACCCACACCGCCCACCCCAACGGCCUGAGCCAGUGUCUGCCUUGCCGAGUCUGUGACCCAGCCUUGGGCUUGGACACCAGGCAGAAGUGCUCCAGCAUGCAGGACACGGUGUGCGGCUGUCGCCAAGGCUACUUCUGCGAGGCCGAGGACAGGGAGCACUGCAUCAUGUGCUUGCCCCACACCAUCUGCCACCCUGGCCAGAGGGUACAGAGGAGAGGUACAGAUAGCCAGGACACAGUGUGUGCCAACUGCCCACUGGGGACCUUCUCUCCCAACGGGACCCUGGACCAAUGUCUUCCCUGGACCACGUGCAGGGGACUUUUUGCCAUGGAAGCCGAGCCGGGGACCAGCAGCAGGGACGUCUCCUGCUCCCUGUCCCGGUGGUUCUAUGUCUUUGUGUCCGUCCUCCCCCUCUCCGUGGUGAUCGUCCUGAUGGUGUGGGUGAGGAGAAAAAGACCAUGUGGCUCUGAGCGCAGUGAGACGGUUGUGCUGCAGCGGCAAGUAGAGGAGGAAGCCGGUGAGUCUGCAGUCACCCAGGCUCCAAAAGUCACCACGGUGGCGGAGGAGGAGACAGCACCCGUGUUGAGGGCAGUGGGCCCCCAUCGAUGAGCCACAGGGUUGGGAACCAGGUGACUCAACCUACCGGAAGCAGACGCAUACCUGGCCUGAGUGCGGCACCUGCCCUCGGCUAGGUCCAGCUGCAGCAGCAGGAAAGACAGGGCUCUGGCUCAGGGCACUCAGGGAUGUCACAGCUGUCCCCAUCCGUCAAAGGGGGUCCAGAGCCCCCCCAGCAGCCCUGGUGCAGCUUCCUGCAGAGGCCCAGCACCAUGAGGACACAGCGAGGCUGCCUCUGGCUCCAGCCCUCCCAGCCAGCCCUCCCGAACCUCAGGCUGCUCAUUUGGAGGGUGUGUCUGUGGACGCUACCUCACGGGGCUGGGACUGCCAGGAGUGUGGCAUUAGGUGACUAUUCCAGUUUGGGAUGAUUUUGUAAGUGGUUUCUGUCCUCUCGCUUUUGUCAUAAAGUACAUAUUCUGGUUAGAUGCCGAGCCACUGGGUGCAUCUCGCUGACCACUGGACUCCCCUGCCGCACGCAGUGGCAGCAGCACCUCGUCACGGCAGCACAGUGCCACUGUCCCAGCAUCCUGCUCUUCCCUCAGGGAGUGGCAGGAGGGAUGGCAGGGUGUCUCUUCCCCUCUGCACUGACACUGCUCACCUGCCCCUUGACAUACAGUCUCUAGUUCUGCCCCCCAGGGCUCAAGUCCGUGGCUCGCCUCACACCAUUCCUUUGCCGCAUCCCCACCCCUCAGUGAGAACGUCCCUAAGUUCCUGUCCAGCAGCGUGCUCGGGCUUUUCUUGCUCUUUCCCUGCCUGGGUCCUGGAUCAGUCACGUCUCCAAAGAGCCCUGGUUGCUUCCUGAAGAACGGAGUGUCAGACCAACCCCAGGAGCCACAGUGACGGGCCAGCCAGCUACCAGGGUGUCAGGGGGACAGACCUAGGAUCACUCCCCUGCACGUGUGUGGCAGAUACUGAUGUGUGCAUGCAGACUCGCCACCAGGAGCCAGGUGUGCGGGUGUGUGCGUGUGGGUGCACUGAGAGGUGUAAGCCGAGGUCCACACGGGUCUCUGGCUCUGCUUGCUGUUAGGGUCUGUAAACAAGCCAAGAUGGCACCUGGCAUUUUGCCAGGGGGAGUGCUUUGUGAAGUAACGCCAGCGAGCCAUGAAGCGUGGAGAUUCCUGAUUGGCUGACUGCUGUAUCUAGUUCAUGUUAAUUAAGAUCAGCUGUGUGGAAUGUCUAUCUACCCCUCCUGUCCUACAAUAAAUGGCUCCCACUCCUGCUGAAUCAUGUACACAA